CCUGAGGCUAAGUUAUUCAACAUAUUGCUCCAUGUUUAUACCGCGUUAUUCACAAGGCUGGCAAAUCCUUGUAGUAUAAAUAGACAGCGGACCGGCCUCUUCACCACCCAGCCUCUCUUCAAAACUCAACCUACACUUUCAACCAAACAGUUCGCCAAGAUGCCCCUACAAAUCCUCAUCACACCACCAGAUCCUAUACAAGAGACUCGCGACCAGCCUUUCCACACCCACGACGUUGGAGGAAAAAUGCUCCCAGAAAACAUCACCACGCUACCAGAUCAUAUCAAGGAGCCUCGCGGACAGCUUCCCAACACCCAGGACAUUGCCGAAGAGAUGCUCCCAGAAAACAUCACCACGCAACCCGAUCUUGCCAAAAAGCCUCGCAAACAAUUUCCCUACACCUACGACGUUGGAGAACGCCCUUGCGUAGAAAAGGAGCGAACGUUGAGGAAACUGCGUGAGCGUUUCGGCAAGGGUAAUUUUGAAUUCAAAAUUCGCCUGGGCAAGUAUAUCAUCCAAGUCCCAAAGGAGCUAUUGCCAGAAGUAAUAGACGAUAUGUUCCGGAACGACCCCCUCCCAGUUUCCUACCCCAAAGUUUCCAAACCUAGACCCAAUCUCCCAGCAAUGGCCCCUCUAUUACAUCAAGAUCUCGGUCCCCUUGUCUUAAUCAAUGAACAUGAAACUGAACGCAAAAUGCACGAACGCUUCGGUGUAGACGAAAACGGCAAAGAAAACUACAAAAUUCAAAUCCGAAGAGACCACUGGAUCAUCUGGGUCCCCGAGAUCUUUAAACUAAAGGAGGCUGAGGAGAUUUUCGCAGACGUGGCAACUGAGAUGAAGAAGAGCAUUGAGAUUGAAGAGAUGGAGAAACAGAAAAGGAUGAAGGAAUACUGGGGAGAAAAGAGAGAGAAGGUGGUAAUUUGGUUUUAUGUGCCAGUGGACUUCGGGCCCGACUUAAGCCCCUUUAAAGUUCUCUUUUGGGUACGGACAUUGAGGAUUUUUGAGGAUUUUGUUGCAUAUCGCAUAGAAGCAUCAUUUAAAUUGUAG